AUGUGCAAGGCUGCAUUGGCACUGCUGAUGGCUCUGUUGCGCACAAUCAAUCAGAGCAGCAGCCCGUUUGGCGCAUCUCUGCUGUCAGCCGCCCUCACUCCACUGUGGCUCCUGUCAUCUCUAGCACCCAAAGCAUGGGCCUUACCGAAUC